AUGUCGUCGAGCAGCACACCGAUUCCAGCGAAACCGCCGGACUGCAUCGGUGCCAACGGUGGCACUCCGACGAUCACUGUGACGCCGCUCAACGCCGCCCAAGCCGCCGUCGCCAGCACGUCGGCGAGCUCGAAAAAACCGCCAAAUAUGCACAUUAACAUUCCUCCAGAUGAAGGCACCGAACGGAUACCCCUAUGUGAGCAGCAUUCGCCAUUGGCCCUUUAUGAGCAAGAUUAUGAUACUCAAGGCCAGAAAAUUGGGACAAUGCUUCGAAAAUUGUCGGUGUAUAAUGCGACUGAAAACACGAGUGCCGAAGCCGACGAAAAACCGAAAGGCGCCACCAAAAUGGGCACCAUUAUGGGUGUUUUUCUGCCGUGCCUUCAAAACAUUUUCGGCGUGUUGUUCUUCAUUCGACUCGCGUGGAUUAUCGGAACCGCUGGAAUCAUUCAAGCCUUUUUUGUCGUCGUCACGUGCGUGUCAGUUACAUUUCUCACCUCGAUAUCGCUAUCUGCAAUUGCAACGAAUGGAGUUGUACCCUCGGGUGGUCCCUAUUACAUGAUAUCCCGGAAUCUCGGACCCGAGCUCGGAGGCGCCGUCGGAAUUCUGUUCUAUCUCGGAACCACUAUAGCGGCAUCCAUGUAUAUCACCGGAGCUGUCGAAAUCAUUCUAAUUUACAUUCGACCCGAUUGGAAGGUUUUCGACAAUAUCUACAACAACUAUCGUUUGAUCGGAAGUAUAUUGUUGUUCGGUCUCGGCUUCAUCGUUCUCGCCGGUGUCAAAUUUGUCAAUCGAUUCGCGCUUCCUCUCGUUAUCGUUGUCAUCUUCUGCAUUAUUUCUUCAAUGUUGGGAUGUUUUAUCCAUUGGAAAGGAUCUGAUUCGUUACAAUUCUGUAUGGUUGGAGACAGACCAGUCGAUUUAAGCACCUAUUUUGAAAGAACAAAAAUCGUUCCAAAUUGUACUGUCGAAGGUCUCGAACCAUUAUUCUGCUCUCCAAAUGGAACAUGUGAUCAUUAUUAUGACAGGAUGAAAACCAUAAAAGUUUGGAAGACAUCUGGAGGACCCGCGAUUCGACAAGAGCCUGCUAUUAAGGGCAUUGCUUCUGGGGUUUUCUUCGACAACCUCUGGCCAAAAUAUAAACGAGCCGGCGAAGUUUUAUCAAAAGAUCCAAAAGAUAAAGGUGAUAUCAAUCGACAAGGUCAUCCGGCGUACAUUUAUGCCGAAUCAGUUACCAACUUUAUGAUUCUUAUUGGGGUCUUCUUCCCAUCAGCAACCGGAAUAAUGGCGGGCUCGAAUCGAUCUGGAAAUCUUCGAGACGCCGCAAAAUCGAUUCCCUUCGGAACUCUAGGAGCUCAAAUGUUUUCAAGUUGCAUGUAUCUGAUCGGUGUUGUUCUCUUCGGAUCGACCGUUUCUGAAAUGUUCAUUCGCGAUAAGUAUGGACGUUCGUCAAUGGGAAAAUUGAUUAUCUCCGAGCUUUCAUGGCCUUCUCCAAUAAUCAUUUUGUUCGGAUGCUGCAUGUCAUCAAUUGGUGCCGGAAUGCAAUCACUCACCGGCGCUCCUCGUCUUCUUCAAGCAAUCGCUGCUGAUGAUGUCCUUCCAUUUCUGAAACCUUUCCGCAAAAUGGAUAAAAGAGGCGAACCGAUUCCAGCGAUCUUCUUCACACUUUUCAUUUGCGAAAUCGGAAUUCUCAUCGCGGUCAUCGAAAAUAUCACAGCCCUCAUUACUCAAUUCUUCCUUAUGUGCUAUCUUGGAGUCAACAUGGCGUGCGCCCUUCAAUCGCUUCUCAAAGCACCCGGAUGGCGUCCUGGAUUCCGCUACUUCCAUCCGAUUCUUUCAUUGAUCGGAGCAUUCCUGUGCAUUGCCGUCAUGUUCAUCUCCGCCUGGCAUUUCGCUCUUGUCGCCAUUUUUGUCGGAGCCGGAGUUUACAAAUACAUCGAAUACGCCGGCGCCGAGAAAGAAUGGGGCGAUGGAAUUCGUGGUCUUGGGCUCUCAGCGGCUCGAUUUGCGUUGCUCAAUCUCGACGAAAAACCGCAGCAUUCUAGAAAUUGGCGUCCACAGCUGUUGGUCCUCGCACCCGACACCGAUUCAGCCAAUACUCAUGGAGUUCUUUCGUUUGUCAGCCAGCUCAAAGCAGGAAAGGGUCUUACACUUGUUGCUCAUUGUAUCGAAGGCGAAUAUUCGAAGAACUACCUCGAAGCGCAAGCAGCUCAGGAGAAGUUGAAGGCGUUGAUCAAAAAGAAUCGGAUAAAGGGAUUCUGUGAUGUGCUGGUGACAUCGAAUUCGAUUGAAGGGGUCUCAUGUCUUGUACAGACGUCUGGCCUUGGUGGAAUGCGUCACAAUACGGUUGUUCUUGCGUGGCCGCAAGAAUGGACUGCGGCUCAAGAAUGGGAAGUUGCUCACAAAUUCGUCUCAUCGAUUCGAGCAAUAUCGGCGGCAAGAUGUGCUAUUCUCGUGCCGAAAUACGCCGAUAAAUUCCCGAGCAGCACGACGAAAGUGUCGGGAUUCAUGGAUGUCUGGUGGGUGGUGCACGAUGGCGGUCUCCUCAUGCUCCUUCCAUUCCUGCUUCGCCAACACAAAACGUGGAAGAACACCAAAGUUCGCCUAUUCGCGAUCGCUCAGCUUGAGGACAACAAUGUGCAAAUGAAGACGGACCUCGAGAAGUUCUUGUACCAUUUGAGAAUCGACGCUCAGGUCAAUGUCAUCGAGAUGACCGAUUCGGAUAUUUCGGAUUACACCUACGAGAGAACAAUGAAAAUGGAAGAGAGAAGCAAAUUGUUGAAGAAUUUGAACAAGGCGGAUCGGGAGAAAGACAUUCAGAAUCAUCUGGAAUUGGUGCAGAUGGAAAGGAAAUUAAGCAAGAUCAAUGAGGAACCGCCAGCAUUCCCUACACAACACCCGCUUGAUGCUGUUGAAGAGGAAGGGGAGAGAUCUUUAGUGAAAGCCGACCCGAGUCGAGGUGUCCGAUUCUCCGAUAGCGAUGAAAAUAAAUCGAAGAAAGGCAAUGGUACACUGGAACGCGACAACGAAGAAAAACGGCGGAAGCGUCGGUACAAUGUGCACAAAAUGCAUACGGCGGUGAAGCUCAACGAGCUGAUGCGCGACAAAUCGAGUGAAGCUCAAAUGGUAUUUGUGAAUCUGCCGGGUCCGCCGGACGUCGAUUCUGAAUCGUAUUACAUGGACUUUAUUGAUGCGCUCACCGAAGGUCUUGAUCGGGUAUUAUUAGUGAGAGGCACCGGUACCGAAGUCGUCACAAUCUACUCAUAG